GCAGGAGCCAACAUCUGUGUGUUUGUGUGUCUCUGUCCGUAGUCUCAGACCAGUCUGGACUGGCUGCCUCUGUGCUCUGUGUAGCCAGUUCGACAGAUUGUUUCACUGUGGAGACUUUACGGGAUUGGAGUGAAACUUUUCUUGGAUAGAUUGAUAGAUCCCAGUGAGACAGUUCUGUGUGAUGGAUAGUUUGUGACUGAUCGGGAGAUCUUUUGGGAGCACACAAGGGUCCUGUAGCCUACAGUACGAGGCUAUCUAUCAGCAGGGAGAGGAGUUGGCUCGACUCUACAGCUACGUGACCACGCUUCACUGACUCUACCCAUGGAUGUCAUAAUGCUAUGUCCAAGCUGAAGAGGUCUGUGUCUUUUCUGGAUAAGGCUGGAGCUGGAUGUGUUUCUCUCCUGUUCUGCGAUGGUGUGAUCUCACUGCUGGAGAUGUAGGAAGCCCUAUAUUCAGCGCCUUUCACACUUUCUAGUCUCUACUAUCUCUGUCUGCCUACCUGUAAAGAGCAGAGCAGGCCUCGCUCUGUACUGUGGAGCUUGCUUAACUGCCUGGACGGGACAUUAUAGCAUAUAAGUGGAUCUAUUGCUGUUGGGUAAAAAGGGAGCCGUGGUGAGAAACGGUAACGUUCCCUAGAAAGGGCCCAAACCCUGGCCGCCAUGGCCCCUCGCAAGCGUCCAGGGCGGGGCCUCUCCGAUAUUUUCUGCUGUUUUAAAGGGAGCGAUCACCCGGAGAUCACCUACCGCCUUCGCCAUGACAGUAACUUCAUCCUACAGACCAUGGAGCCCUCCCUGCCCAUGCCGCUUGAAGAGGAGCUGGAUGCCAUGUUCUCUGAGCUGGUUGAUGAGCUGGACCUGUCAGGGAAACACCGGGAAGUCAUGUUUGCCCUGCCAGCUGAGAAGAAAUGGCAGAUGUACUGUAGCAAAAAGAAGGAGGGAGAAGAGAGCAAGGGUGCGACUAGCUGGCCAGAGUUCUAUAUCGACCAGUUGAAUUCCAUGGCUGCAAGGAAGACCCUUAUUGCUUUGGAAAUGGAGGAUGAGGAAGAGAGGAACAAGACAAUAGAGAGUUUAAAGACAGCUCUAAGGACACAACCCAUGAGGUUUGUGACGCGGUUCAUCGACCUGGACGGUCUGACCUGCAUCCUGAACUUCCUGAAGAGCAUGGACUACGAGACCACCGAGUCUCAGAUCCACACGUCCCUGAUUGGCUGCAUCAAGGCCCUGAUGAACAACUCCCAGGGGCGCUCCCAUGUGCUCUCCCACACAGAGAGCAUCAACAUCAUUGCCCAGAGCCUGGCAACUGAGAACGUCAAGACCAAAGUGGCGGUGCUGGAGAUCAUGGGCGCUGUGUGUCUGGUGCCAGGAGGGCACAGGAAGAUCCUGGAGGCAAUGCUGCACUAUCAGAAGUUCGCUUGCGAGAGGACUCGCUUCCAGACUCUGCUGAAUGACCUGGACAGGAGUACGGGGCGCUACAGGGACGAGGUCAACCUGAAAACAGCCAUCAUGUCCUUCAUCAAUGCAGUGCUUAGUCAGGGAGCAGGGGAGUCGAGCUUUGAGUUCAGAAUUCACCUGCGAUACGAGUUCCUUAUGUUGGGCAUCCAGCCAAUUAUCGAUAAACUGAGGUCUCACGACAACUCAACGUUAGACAGGCAUUUGGACUUCUUUGAGAUGCUGAGAAACGAGGAUGAACUAUCUUUGGCAAAACGCUUUGACACUGUGCACAUUGACACAAAAAGUGCCACGCAAGUGUUUGAGCUCAUAAAGAAGAAGAUGAACCACACAGAUGCACACCCGCACUUUAUAUCUGUCUUACAGCACUGUCUCCUUAUGCCUUACAAGCGUAGUGGGAACACAGUGCAUUACUGGCUCCUCCUGGACCGCAUCGUCCAGCAGAUCGUCCUGCAGAACGACAAAGGUCAUGACCCUGACGUCACCCCCCUGGAGAACUUCAACGUAAAGAACGUGGUGCGAAUGCUGGUCAACGAGAAUGAAGUCAAACAAUGGAAAGAACAGGCUGAGAAAAUGAGAAAAGAGCACCAUGAGCUGCAGCAGAAGUUUGAUAAGAAGGAACGCGAGUGUGAGGCCAAGACCCAGGAGAAGGAGGACAUGAUGCAGACGCUGAAUAAGAUGAAGGAGAAGCUGGAGAAGGAGUCCAGCGAACACAAGCAGGUCAAGCAGCAGGUGGCCGACCUCUCCGCCCGGCUGCAUGACCUCAGCACUAGGCCAAAUCCAAGUGUUCCUGGUGGCCAUCCACUCAUACCUGGGGCCCCUGGAGGUCCCAUACCACCCCCUCCCAUGCAGGCUGCCAUGCCCCCACCCCCUCCACCACCCCCUGGGGGCAUGCCUCCACCGCCACCCCCUCCACCCGGUGGCCCUCCUCCUCCUCCAGGCAUGGGUCCCCCUCCUCCACCUGGAGCUCCCAUGGGACCAGGGCUGAAAAAGAACAUCCCCCAGCCCUCCAACCCACUCAAGUCAUUCAACUGGGCCAAGCUGGCUGAGAAUAAGCUGGAGGGCACUGUGUGGAUGGAAGUCGAUGACAUCAAGGUUUUCAAAAUCCUGGACCUUGAGGACAUCGAGAAGACCUUCUCUGCAUACCAGAGACAGCAGGACUUCUUAACAAUGAACAAUAACAAGAAAGAGUCCGAAGAUGAUACUGUGACCUCCAAGAAGGUCAAGGAGCUGUCAGUCAUUGACGGUCGCAGAGCCCAGAACUGUAACAUCCUCCUCUCUCGCCUGAAGCUGACCAAUGAGGAGAUCAAGAGGGCCAUCCUGACUAUGGACGAACAGGAGGAUCUGCCCAAAGACAUGCUGGAGCAGCUGCUAAAGUUUGUCCCAGAGAAGAGUGAUGUGGAUCUCCUGGAGGAGCACAAGCAUGAGCUGGACCGCAUGGCCAAAGCUGACCGCUUCCUCUACGAGAUGAGCAGGAUCAACCAUUACCAGCAGAGGUUGCAGUCCCUCUACUUCAAAAAGAAGUUUGCUGAAAGAAUCGUCGAAGUCAAACCUAAAGUUGAAGCUCUAACCAGGGCCUCUAAAGAGAUGCUGCAGAGCCGCAACCUCAAGCAGCUUCUGGAAGUGGUCCUGGCCUUUGGUAACUACAUGAACAAGGGCCAGAGGGGAAACGCCUAUGGCUUCAAAGUGUCCUCACUCAACAAGAUCGCUGACACCAAGUCCAGCAUUGACAAGAACAUUACUCUGCUGCAUUACCUGAUCACCAUCCUGGAGCAGAAGUAUCCCAAAGUGGCUGUGUUCCAGGAGGAGCUUCAGAGUGUUCCAGAGGCAGCUAAAGUCAAUAUGACAGAGCUGGAGAAAGACAUUAACAAUCUACGCUCUGGUCUGAAGAGUGUGGAGCUGGAGCUGGAUUUCCAGAGAGGUCUUCCUCAGGUUUCGGGGGAUAAGUUUGUGUCUGUGGUGAGCCAUUUCAUCACUGUGGCCAGCUUCAGCUUUUCAGAAGUGGAUGAUUCUCUGACUGAGGCCAAGGAGCUGUUUCUGAAGGCAGUGCAGCAUUUUGGAGAGGAUGCAACCCGUAUGCAGCCUGACGAGUUCUUUGGAAUCUUCGACCAAUUCCUGCAGGCGUUCGCUGACGCUAAGCAGGAGAAUGAGAACAUGCGCAGACGCAAGGAGGAAGAGGAACGACGGGCCCGCAUGGAAGCACAGCUGAAGGAGCAGAGGGAGAAGGAGCGCAAGGCCAAGAAGGCAAAGGAGAACUGUGAGGAGGACGGUGAAUUCGAUGACCUCGUUUCAGCCCUGCGCUCCGGGGAGGUGUUCGAUAAGGACUUGUCCAAGAUGAAACGCAACCGCAAACGCGUCAACUCAUCAGCUGAGACCAGCAGGGAGCGACCCGUCACCAAACUGAACCUCUGAAACAACUGAUCCUGUCUUACUGGAGCUAAGCUAUGCUGCCCUCUGGUGUCCUGGCAUGAGCCUAGUGCCCCCAGUUUUGGGAGUGGACAGAAUUCACUUCUAAAAUGGAACUGAGCAGGAAAGGGGGUGGACAGACCUCUACUUACUCUUCUCCUACUCAAGCAACAAUAACACAGAGAUUGUGUCCAUCUGGAAACAGACAUAUAAGAUAUUACCUCCUCUGAAAACCAUGAACUAUGGAUAAGGAGUGAUUCUCUAAGCUAUUUGUGUUAAUUGCCAAAACCUACAUGUUUAAAAUGCUGUGCUCUGAAUGACAGUUUUUCUCCUGUCGUGGAUGGGACACUUUUUUUAAUAACAUAGGGCUGUUGCCCUGGAGUAGGACACUCUUCUUGACCCUUCCUACCUGCAAAAAUUAGCAGGAAGUGGAAUGGAAAGCCAGGGGUCACACGCGCACACACCGGCUGCGACACAUUUCCUCUUUUAAACGGGAGAAAGUGGAACUUCUUUCCUGCUAUUGUGUUCAGUCAGUCAGACACCUCUAGAGAGUACAGUAGAGGAUGCCAACCCCAUGCAGAGAAACAGUGUCUCUUGAAGCACAAUCCAUCAUGUAUGAAUUACGUUUUUGAGAUGAGCAAAAAAGCAUAACAAGAAACACAUUUUAAUACUGUUUUUAAUCACAAUUUUGCAAAGACCUAAUUUAGAUAUUAAAAACCAAAUCAAAGAUGCAAUAUUACCAUUUUAUUAGAGCCUAUAACUUUCAUCUAUAAAAUACUCCAUUAGAACUGAAAUAUACAGUAUUUUAGAAGAGUAGGAUCUAAUUUUAGGCCUGCUGACUUGAAAAGACAGUGUCACUGUUUCUAUAUUAUUCGAAGAGUUACCAAAAAUAAUUGCUCUUCCUCUGGUCAUCCUUACACACGGAGGAUAUCAGUCUGGAAACUAUGCAGCCCAACAUUUGUUUUUGUGUUCAUUACUGCCAUGUACCAGUCAAAAGUUUGGACACCUACUCGUUCAAGGGCGUUUCUUUAUGUGUACUAUUUUUUAUAUUGUAGAAUAAUAGUGACGACGUCUAAACUAUGAAAUAACACAUAUAGAACCAUGUAGUAAGCAAAAAUAUGUUAAACAAAUCCAAAUAUAUUAUACAGUUUUGAUUCUUCAAAGUAGCCACCCUUUGCCGUGAAUGACAGCUUUGCACACUCUUGGCAUUCUCUCAACCAGCUUCAUGAGGAAUGCUUUUCCAACAGCCUUGAAGGAGUUCCCACAUAUGCUGAGCACUUGUUGGCUGCUUUUCCUUCACUCUGCAGUCCAACUCAUCUCGAACCAUCUCAACCCUGUUGAGGUCGGGUGAUUGUGGAGGCCAGGUCAUCUGAUGCAGCACUCCAUCACUCUCCUUGGUCAAAUAGCCCUUACACAGCCUGGAGGUGUGUUUUGAUCAUUGUCCUGUUGAAAAACAAAUGAUAGUCCCACUAAGACCAAACCAAAUGAGAUGGCGUAUCGCUACAGAAUGCUGUGGUAGCCAUGCUGGUUAAGUGUGCCUUGAAUUCUAAAUAAAUCACAGACAGUGUCACCAGCAAAGCACCCCUACACAAUCACACCUCCUUCUCCAUGCUUCACGGUGGGAACCACACAUGCGGAGAUCAUCCGUUCACCUACUCUGCGUCUCACAACCAAAAAUCUCAAAUAUGUACUCAUCAGACCAAAGGACGGAUUUCCACCGGUCUAAUGUCCAUUGCUCGUGUUCUUGCCAUAAUAUGGACUUGGUCUUUUACCAAAUAGGGCCAUCUUCUGUAUAACACCCCUACCUAGUCACAAAACAACUGAUUGGCUCAAACACAUAAAGAAGGAAAGAAAUUCCACAAAUGUACUUUUAAGAAGGCACACAUGUUUCAUUGAAAUGUAUUCCAGGUGACUACCUCAUGAAGCUGGUUGAGAGAAUGCCAAGAGUGUCAUUAAGGCAAAGGGUGGCUACAUUGAAGAAUCUUAAAUAUAAUUUUUUUUUUUUUUUACUACAUGAUUCCAUAUGUUAUUUAACAGUUUUGAUUAUUCUACAAUGUAGACAAUAGUACAAAUAAACAAAAACCCUGGAACGAGUAGCUGUGUCCAAACUUUUGACUGGUACUGUAUGUGUAUAUUAUGUACAUACUGUAUGCCCGUUCCAGUGUCACCUCACUUGACUCUCAAAAAAAUCUAGGCGGCAGUCUUCCUUCUCACUACAGUUUUCAGCCAUUAGCUUCGCCCAUGAGUGGUCAUUUGAACUACAAACGUUAAUCAUUGCUUGCGAUGCGGCUUUCGAAACAUAUGGCCCUUAUCUUUCAUCAGAAAGAAUCCUUCAAAUAUAAAAUAUACACUUACUGUAGCAGUUUUGCACAGAUCCAGCUAUGGGUGCCUUCAUCUGACAAAAUGCCACUUCCCGAACUUCAGCUUACACAGGUGUGACGAGCACCGUCUUCUGUAAUUAGCACAGGUGGUUGCCUCUUCCGUCUGUUUUCCGAAAAAACAAGCGCUGUAACAUAGAGAUAUGGCCGUGUGGGAACCCUAACCCUAUCAAGGUCUUUAUCAAUUGAACCUUUUUUUGCUGAUCUAUAAUGCUUCCAAAGCCGUACCGCAAGCGAUGUGUUAUUGUUCAGAUUCAGCGUCGGGGCUCAUAACAAAACUCCCCUGUACAGAAGACGCCUUCAUCCAACGUGUGUAAUGGAAUGGAACUGAGAGUCAAGACCAUGGGCUAUUCCUCACUAUAACAUGUACAGCAGAAAGAUUUCAGUUAUUUAGUCUUCCCCAAUUAGUAAAACCUUUUCUCAAACCUUUGGUCACAUUUCUACCAACACCCUCCUUACUUAACUGUGUGAUAGCAUGUCUGAUGAAUGUGGAUUCUUUCAAUACAGCUUUAUUAUUAUUUAAACAACUUUCUAUUUCGAAACUAAAGUAAUAAACUUGGAUGUUAAUUAUC